AUGGGUCAUACUCCUACCUAUAUCAUGGGGUGUAGACAUCGGUUACUUAUACCAAUUCGAGCUACAGCAUGUGGUCGUGGUCGACGUAAUGCUUCAUGUCGACCAGCAGAAUCUUUGACGUAUCAACCAUCUGUUGGUGCGUUACCAAGUCCCAUCGAUUAUAGAAGGAAACUUGAACAAGAAGAUUAUGGAGUGAGAAUCUUUGAUAGCGCCAAAAAGGGUCUGCAGAGUAAACUAGAUUAUUCGGUUGGAAAAUUGAGAAAAAGAUAACUAAAAUCACCAUAUCCAGAAUUAAUGCUUAUACGAGUGAAAGGUUACGCCAAAUCAAUUAUUCGUAUACCAAGGGAAAUACUCUAGUUUACUGGAGAAGAGUAAAGCAGCAAUAAUAAGUACAAGUAUUUGUGAAAGAAACGAUAAAUUGGGAUGCACUGCAAGGCACUUUGAAAAUGUUCAUGAAGGAAUAGGUACUGGCGCAUUUUGGAGGUUACUUGGAUUAAGUGAAAAAGAAUGUGAAAAUGCCAUAAGAGAGGAAUAUGUUCCAGAAAAUCUCCUAAUUCUAGAUAAACCAUUUGAGAACAUUGCCGCACAAAAUUUGAUUUUUGAUUUUGGUUCUGAAAUUUAUGUUUGGGUUGGUCGAAACGCUAAUCGUAUUGCGACACAACAUGCAGUUGCGUACGCUGAAAUACUGCGCACUAAACCUCUGAACGUGGGACUGAAUGAUUCGCUCUUUCAACACAAAUUUCAUGACUGGCAAGAAAUAACUCUUCAUGCAAGAAAUCUGUAUAACACGUCUGCCUACUCUAAAACCUCUACGUUUCAAGCUUCAGUACUAUGUGAAGAAGAGAAUGCUUGGAAUUUAGGAAGAAAUCUAGUAGCCCGACCAAUGGAAAAGUCAGUUUUAUUCCUGGAAGAAAAGGAACUGUAUAGAAAUUCCAGAAAUGUUUUUACCGAGAACGUACGAUACUUUGUUUUGGAAGGUGAAAAGACGUUGAAUGAAAUGGAUGAACUAUGGAUCUUAAAGGAUGAUCGCUGCUAUAUUGUUAAAUGGGAAUAUCGAAUUGAACGAAUAGUUUUUUUAUUUUUGUUAACAGGAAUACGAAAGUUGGACGGUACCGAACGUGAAAAAGAAACUGGUCGUCUACGCGUUACAUAUUUUUAUUGGUUAGGUAAAAAGACGACUAAAACAGAGCAAGGACUUUGUGCUUUGGUACUAAGAGAUUUCGAUAGAGCACAUUUUCCUCAUAAAAGGAUUGCACAGGGCCAGAAUUAUUUCAAGGAUCACUAUGUCUUUGAACAGUUUAUUUCAGAACCAGUCAUUGACCGUUGUCAGUUGACUGGAACGGAAGAUUAUGCUGUAAUCGAAGCAGAUCACUGGAUAAAGCCGCCACGGUUAUUCCGGCUGUUUGAGAAAAAUGGUGAAGAACUGUUGCCAGCAAAUUGGAAUUCUUCUCUUCCAUUCUCAUUUCAACAGGAUAGUUUCAGGGAUACUAUUAUAGUAGAUCAGACUAACAGACUGUGGGUUUGGAGCGAUAAGACGGUCAGUACAUUUGCACUGCGUGUAGCUAACGCUUAUUGGUUUGGUCGAAGUGGUCCAAAGACAGUCAUUUGUAAAACACAAGAACCAGAUUCAUUCAAAGCACUCUUUGCUAAAUGGGAUGAUUUCGUUGAUGAAAUCGAUGGAAAUGAACCUAUGUCGCAGAGCCCACUACGAUGCCGACCAAUCGAAUUAGACGAACUGUUACAAUUACGAACAAAAACUUGGCCACUCGAAAAAGUGAAAAACCGAGAUUUGCCACCUGGCAUUGACCUGAAUCGACUAGAGCAAUAUCUAAAUGACGAUGACUUUCAAUCGCUGUUUCGAAUGGAACGAAUAGCUUUUUAUGCACUCCCACACUGGAAACAAAUUGUGCUUCGCAAAAAGCAUAAACUAUUUUGA